UGGGAGAGCUUAGCGCACCAGCAGCUUCGGCAACAUGGCGGGCCUGAUAAAUGCACUCAGCACGGCAGUGUCUCCGUAUGUUAUGCCAGCCGUUGAGAAGAACGUGGUGCCUGAUUUUGUGGUUCGAUUCGGCGUUCGGAGACAAUGCGGCCACCGACUCCAGGAUAUCGCUCGGGGCACCUCAGUCGAACAGCUAGCUCGCAAGGAGGCUCUCAUUGAAGAGCUCAAGAAGAUGCCGAUCGCGACUCAGCAAGACGCGGCAAACGAACAGCACUACGAAGUGAACGCGGCCUUCUACCACCUCGCGCUCGGGCCGCGACUCAAGUACUCCUCGGGCUUCUGGCCCAAGAGCGACAGCACCUUCGAAGAAUCCGAAGUGGCCAUGCUCGAGAUGUACUGCGACAGGGCGAAGCUCGAGGACGGCAUGAAGAUCGUUGACCUCGGCUGCGGGUGGGGCUCGCUGACGCUCUUCCUGGCGGAGAAGUACCCCAACGCGUCCAUCACGUCCAUCUCCAACUCAGCGUCGCAGAAGACGUACAUCGACGGACAGUGCAGGGAGCGAGGGUUCGGCAACGUCCGCGUGAUCACGGGCGACAUCAAUGAGUUCGACCUGGGAGAGGAGGACAAGGGGUCCUUCGACCGCGUGAUGAGCAUAGAGAUGUUUGAGCACAUGAAGAACUACAAGCUCCUCAUCGCGAAGAUCAGCGGCUGGCUCUCUCCCGGCGGGAAGCUCUUCGUGCACAUCUUGAAGCACAAGGACCACCCGUACCACUUCUUCCAGGAGGAGGGGGGGAGGGCGCAGUAUUUUUUUUGGGGGGAAAGGAUGCCUUGGGAGGCCCUCUUGUUUCAUUUUCAGGAAGACCUUAGGAUAGAGGGGCACUGGCGAGUCAACGGGACCCACUACGCCAGGACGUCAGAGGCGUGGCUCAGCAGGAUGGACGAGAACAAGGAAGAGAUCAUGCCGAUCCUAGGGGAAAUAUACGGCGAGGGAACGGAGCUGAAGUGGUUCGUGUACUGGCGGUUGUUCUUCAUUGCUUGCGCGGAGCUGUUCAACUACAGGAAGGGCGAGGAGUGGAUGGUGUCGCACUAUCUCUUCGCAAAGCCGGAGUAGUGGUAGCAGCAGCA